AUGAAUCUCUUAUUAAUCAUAUUAUUAAUUAAUUUUACUAAUGCUCAAUUUAAUUUAUAUCUUGAUUCAGUUUCUGUUGAACAAUUAUUUGAAGUGAAACAACAUCGAUUAUACUUUAUUAAUAAAAAUCAAUUUCGACAAUCAGCAUUUGAAUCUUCUUUAUCCAUAUCUCCUAAUAUUCAUUUUGUUGAAUUUACUUGGAAUGCAGAUAGAGCUAAUUUUGAUACAUCAAAGUUGCACUAUGAAUAUAAUACAAGUUCCAGUGAUGAACAAGCUUUAUUACGACCAGUAUUAAAUAUAAUUGAAAAAGGAAAUGUGCCAAGAGAAACUUCAACAUUUAGUAUAUUCUUUCCUUGUUUAACAACAAAUCGAGUUAAUUGUUCAGUAUUAUUUCGAUUGUAUAAUUCAACAGCAAAUCACACAUCAAUGUUUAUAAAUUUGAAAUUUUUGAAAUAUUGUCGGGAUGAAACCAUUAAUCAUUCUUUACUUGCUCAAUUUUAUAAUUCAAAUCAAAUUAUUGAAUAUUUACUUAUCAAAGAAUCUCGACAUAGAGAUCUAGCAUCAAUAACAAUAACAGCUAUAUUUGCUUAUUCAUUAAUAAUUGCUUUUGUUGUUUUCUUAAUUGUAUUUUGUACGGCUAUAAGUUUAUUUUGUCUUUAUCGAAUAACAAUAACAAAGAAGACAAUUUUGAUUCAUGACAAUCAAGAUCAUCCAGUGCUACCCAUGUCGUUUGAUAUGACAACUUUUGAAGAUGUUAGUCUAUAUUCAUGUACUCAAUAUGAUUUUACGAAAACAGCUGAUGAACUCUUAUCUUCAGUAACUUUUGCUGAUUGUACUAUUGAUCAGCAUAAUGUUAUACUACAUGAAAUCAUUAUGGAAGGUAAAUUUGGUCGUUUGUUUCACUGUUCUCUUCAUGAUUCAUCAACAAAGAUGUCAACACAAAAUAUCUAUGGUAAAACUGUAAAUUCAUUUGCAACAUCAACACAACUCAAUCAAAUGUUACAUGAUUGUUGUUUAUUUGCUACACUAAAACAUGCAACUAUUAAUAGUCCAUUAGGCAUUGUCUACAAGAAUGAAUUGUCACCAUAUCCAUUAAUUGUAUAUCCAUAUAGUAACAAAGGAAUUCUUAAACGAUUUAUUAUUCAAAAUCGAACAAGUGCUCGAGAACAACUAUUAUCAACACAAGAAUUGGUCUAUAUGGCUAUACAUAUAGCCAAAGGUUUACAUUUUCUACAUAGACGUAAAAUGUUAAUGAAGGAUAUAGGUACACGAAAUUGUUUAGUCAUGGACGAUUUAACGGUGAAACUAACUGAUUAUGCUCUGUCACGUGAUCUUUUUCCACAAGAUUAUGAUUGUCUUCCAAUGGAUGUUCCAACUGAAAGUCGUCCAUUAAAAUUUAUGGCUAUUGAAUCAAUCAGUGACCGACGUUUUUCAACAGCUUCAGACUGGUCAUAUGGUGUUCUUCUCUGGGAAUUGAUGAGUCGUGGUUUACAACCCUAUGCUGAUAUUGAAUCAUGUAAUUUGAUUUCACAUCUACAAAAUAAUCAUCGUCUUGUACAACCAAUUAGUUGUCCCGAUUCCUUAUUCAAACUAAUGAGUGCAUGUUGGAUAACUUCAAUUGAUCAACGUCCAUCAAUGACUUCACUUCUUCAAUUGUUAAUGGAAUUUUAUGGUCAACUAGCUCGUUUCAUUUAA